AUGCUGAAACUGUGUAAUAAAGACGUCAUAUCACCCACCUUUGAGUGUCCAUCUGACAACUCUCCCCUCCCUCCUUACUUGCUUCCCAUUUUCAGCAUGCUGGAUAGCAGUAAUCAGCCUCACUGGAGCAAUGAGCAAGGAGAACAGCUACAGCAGAAAGUCUCUCAGUUGCAGGAUCACCUGGAUGCUGAGCUGGAGGAGAAGAGAAAAGUCUUACUUCAGCUGUCAAGAGAGAAAGCUCAAAACAAGGAUCUGAAGCUUGAAGUCAGCAACCUGCUUCAGAAGCAUAAACAGGAAGUGGAGGACCUCCGAAAUAAAGACACAAUUUCCCAAUCUCCUGACUGGCAAUCUGAACCAGCUACUUACCCAGCUCUAUUCCAAGAGACCACUCAGAUAGAGCCCUGUGAACCAAAAAACCAAGAAGAAAAGAAACUGUCCCAGAUGUUAAGUGAGUUGCAAGUAUUGCAUGCAGAGACCAUACUGGAACUAGAAAAGACCAGAGACAUGCUUAUUCUGCAGCGCAAGAUCAACGUGUGUUAUCAGGAGGAACUGGAGGCAACGAUGACAACAGCCGAUAACGAAAAUAAAGUUCACAAAGAAAAACUGGAGAGGUUGAAUCAACUCCUAGACCUCAAGAACAAGCGUAUCAAUCAGCUGGAAGGUAUUUUAAGAAGCCAUGGCCUUCCAGUAUCCGAACAACUCAAAGAUGUGGCUUAUGGCACCCGACAGUUGUCAUUAUGUCUGAAACCACUGCCAGACCAUGGAGAUGAGGAUAAAGUGGACAUUUCUCCACGGCAUCAGAGUGAGAAUCUUUUUGAACUGCACAUCCAUCAGGCCUUCCUGACACCUGCUGCCCUGGCUCAGGCUGGAGACACUCAACCUACCACUUUCUGCACCUAUUCUUUCUAUGACUUUGAAACCCACUGCACCCCACUAGCUGUGGGGCUGCAGCCCCUCUAUGACUUCACUUCCCAGUAUGUGGUGGAGACAGAUUCCCUCUUCUUGCACUACCUUCAAGGGACGUCAGCUCAGCUUCAUCUACACCAGGCUAUAGCCAGUGAGCACCACACCCUUGCAGCUGGCUGGAUUUGCUUUGACAGGGUUCUAGAAACUGUGGAGAGAGUCCAUGGCUCUGCCACACUUACUGGAGCUGGUGGAGAAGUCUUUGGGGUGCUAGAGUACUGGAUGAGGCUGCACUUCCCCAUAAGAUCCAGCCUACAAGCAUACAAUAAGCGAAAGAAAGCCCAGGCAUACCUGUCAGCCAAUGUACUUGGAGCCUGGGAGGCCCAGGAGGAUGAGCCCAGAUCGGAGACCAGGAAGCAUCAGAAUGAGCUGCGGGUGGAAGUCAUCCGGUGCUGCGGCCUCCAGAGUCGAUGGCUGGGAGCCCAACCCAGUCCAUACGCCAUGUAUCGCUUCUUUACCUUUUCUGACCACGACACCGCCGUCAUUCCAGCCAGUAACAAUCCCUACUUCAGAGACCAGGCUCGAUUCCCAGUGCUUGUGACUUCUGACCUGGAUCAGUAUCUGAGGCAGGAGGCCCUGUCUGUGUACGUUUUUGAUGAUGAAGACACAGAGCCUGGCUCGUACCUUGGCCGCGUCCAAGUGCCCUUGCUUCCUCUUGCACAAAACAAAUCCAUUAAAGGUGAUUUUAACCUCACGGACCCUGGGGGGAAACCCAAUGGAUCUGUUCAGGUGCAACUGGAUUGGAAGUCUUGCUAUCUACCCCCGGAGAGUUUCCCAAAACCAGAAGCUCUGAGUGAGGAGAAGGACACCAAGGACAGUUUAGAUACCUCAGCUGAAGAGGAAGAGGCUUCCUUUCAUCCCCAGGACCAGAUGGUAUCUAUUGAGAUUCCCAUUGAAGCUGGCCAGUAUCAAGCUAAGCGAAAACCUCCUCAGGUGGGAGAAAGAAAGGAAAGGGAACACCAGGUUACAGGUUACUCAAGAAGAAAACAUGGCAAAAGAACAGGCAUUCAAGGAAAGAACAGAAUGGAGUAUCUUAGUCAUAACAUCUUAAAUGGAAAUACACUACAGCAGGAGAACUACACUGAAUGGAAAUUCUCAGGGCUUAAGAUCUCCACAGAUGAUGGUUUAAAAAAUCAGCAAAAGGAAGAGGAAAUGACAUCAUCCCAUUCAGCACGGAUACUAAAGGAAGCCCUACAUCCUGUGAAUGAUAAAGAAUCCUGUGAACAAGCUUCUGAAGUCAGUGAAGCACAAACUACAGAUAGUGAUGAGAUAGUAACACCUGUAUCUCAGAAAUGUCCUAAGGCAGGUUCAGAAAAGAUGUGCAUUGAAAUCAUCUCCCUGGCAUUCCACCCAGAGGCUGAAGUGAUGUGUGAUGAGAAUGUGAAACAGGUGUACGUGGAAUACAAGUUCUACGAUCUACCCUUGUCGGAGACAGAGACUCCAGUGUCCCUGAGGAAACCGAGAGCAGGAGAAGAGAUCCACUUCCACUUUAGCAAGGUGAUAGACCUGGACCCAGUGGAGCAAAAAGACCGAAGGCAGUUUCUGUUCGCCAUGUUGACCGGACAAGAUCCUGAGCAAGGACAUUUAAAGUUUACAGUGGUAAGUGAUCCUAUGGAUGAGGAAAAGAAAGAAUGUCAAGAAGUAGGCUACGCAUAUCUGGAACUGUGGCAGAUCCUGGAAUCGGGAAGAGACAUCCGAGAGCAAGAGCUAGACAUUGUGAGCCCUGAAGAUCAGGCUAACCCCAUAGGAAGGCUGAAGGUGUCCCUUCAAGCUGCUGCCGCCCUCCAUGCUAUUUACAAGGAGAUGACUGAAGAUUUGUUUCUGUGAUGGGACAAGUGCUAUUCCAUUCUAAACCCUGA